UAGCCCCCACCCCCACCCCCCUCGGUCCACCCCUCGUGCCCAGACGCGGUUCUCGCCGUUAUUCUCCCGUGGUAACGGACGAGCGCCACCACCACCUCCGCUUCCGCCGCACCUCGACAAGCUCCACCCAGGCUAGGGUUUGAUCCCCGGUCCCUUCGUCGGAGCAAUGGAGGGCGCAGCACCGGCCCCAGCGGCGGCGGCGGCGGAGGUGAAAAACCCGAGGUGCUUCAUGGACAUCACCAUCGGCGGCGAGAUGGAGGGGAGGAUCGUGAUAGAGCUGUACGCGUCCGUGGUCCCGCGGACGGCGGAGAAUUUCCGCGCGCUCUGCACCGGCGAGAAGGGCGUCGGCGCCUCCGGCAAGCCGCUCCACUAUAAGGGAUCAUACUUCCAUCGCAUUAUCAAAGGUUUUAUGGUACAAGGUGGAGAUUUUACUGCUGGUGAUGGAACAGGAGGGGAGUCGAUUUAUGGAUCGAAAUUUGAGGAUGAGAAUUUUAUUUUAAAGCAUGAGAGGAAGGGAAUAUUAUCUAUGGCCAAUUCUGGCCCCAACACAAAUGGAUCUCAAUUUUUCAUCACUACCACCCGAACACCUCAUUUAGAUGGGAAACAUGUAGUUUUUGCGAGAGUAAUAAAGGGAAUGGGUGUGGUUCGUUCUUGUGAGCACAUUCCUGUUGGAGAAGCUGACCGUCCCACAGUUGAUGCCGUAAUUGCUGAAUGUGGGGAACUUCCUGAAGGUGCAGAUGAUGGAGUUGUGAACUUUUUCAAGGAUGGUGACAUGUAUCCUGACUGGCCAAAUGAUCUCGAUGAGAAGCCUACAGAGGUUUCAUGGUGGAUGGAAGCUGUGGAGUCUGCCAAGGCUUUUGGGAAUGAUAAUUUCAAGAAACAGGAUUAUAAGACGGCCCUGAGGAAGUACAGGAAAGCUCUGCGCUACUUGGAUGUUUGCUGGGAGAAAGAAGAGAUAGAUGAAGAGAAGAGCUCAGCACUACGGAAGACCAAGUCCAUAAUACUCACGAAUAGCUCUGCAUGCAAAAUGAAGCUGGGAGAUUUGAAGGGUGCUUUGUUGGAUGCAGAUUUUGCGCUGCGUGAAACAGAGGGCAAUGCUAAGGCUUUUUUCCGACAAGGACAGGCACACAUAGCACUUAAUGACAUUGAUGCAGCAGUGGAGAGCUUCCAGCAUGCAUUGGACUUGGAGCCGAACGAUGGAGCAAUUAAACGCGAGCUGGCUGCUGCAAAGAAGAAGAUCUCCAACAGGAGAGAUAAGGAGCGCAAGGCAUACGCCAGGAUGUUCCAACCUUAAGGAAAAUCGGAGGAGACGGCGAAGAGAAGGAUUGAAUCAUAGUUUUCUCCCCCCGGCGGAACUUUUGGUAGCUUAUUCUGGGAUACAUACUCGAACUUUCCGCGGAAAAGGUCGUCGUCCUAGUUAAUAUGCCGUAAAACAGAACCUUGUGCUCUUCUUCUGCGGCUUAGUUUUGCUGAUGCACACCGAAGGAUGCUUAUGUGUUGGGAAAAAAAUAUUAGAGGAUUAUUUGUGUUGCUCGUAUGACAAGGGGAGACCGUCUCCCAUUAUUUUGAAAAAUACAGGAGAAAAAAAAAGAGGUAGUCAAUGGUGCCCUGAGAAAAACCUGAGACACUGGAACUGAGCAGAGCAUUGCUUCAGAUGUUUGCUGCAGCAAGGCAUGCAUGCCAGAACUUUUCCUCU